GUUAUUCCACUCAGAUAUCAGAAAUGUUUCUAUCAGAGUCCGAGGAUGAAAUAGAACAGCUUGAAUGGGAUUCGGACUCUGAUAGCGAUGUCAGCGACUGCGGUCUGGAUGAGGACUACAUCCCCAGGGGGCUGGGACGAGGAGCUCACCAGGGAGACUCCACUGAUGAGGGAACUUCCGAUGAGGAGUUGGAUAGUACCCCUGCAAAGAGAAGAGCACGUGGAAGCUCUGCUUCUCAUUCUCCAGCGUCAUCGCCACUGAAGACCCCAUCUAAGAAGUGCACAAAGAGCCCACUCAGCAAGAAGGUCCACCAUGCUUCAACACCCAAAAAAAACACUGGCUCCCCAAAAAAUGGCAAGGCAUUCUCCACUCCCCGCAGGAGAAAUCUAAGUGGGAAGAGAGAACUUACAAAACAAGGAGAAGGUGAAGUGGAUGAUGGAGACCGGUGGCAUGACAUUGAUGAAGAAGACGUCGAGCCUCCGCAGCCAAAGUUCAGACCUGAGAGGGACGUUGGGCCGCAGCUGAACAGAACCUCCAAUUACACUCCACUCGACCUGUUCCAGCUGUUCUUCUCAAAGAAAGUGAUCGAAACGUUGGUGAGAAACACCAAUAUCUACGGGAAGAAGAAACACCAAGGUGACAAGAAAGGCUGGGUGCCAGUCACAGCUGCAGACAUGUACUCCUUCCUCAGCCUUGUCCUCUACAUGGGUAUCGUACCACUUAAAGCCAUGACAGAUUACUGGAGAGGGUCUGAGCUGUUCAGUUUGCCAUUCCCUGCUUCUAUAAUGCCCAGAAUACGCUUCACAACCAUCCUUGGCAGUCUGCACAUGAACGAUCCUGCGGUUGAAGCGGCCAAUGACAAGAAGAGAGGGACAUCAGAGUAUGACCGAUUAUGCAAGAUUAAGCCCUUAUAUGAGCAGAUUUUGGAGGCCUGCUACACUUUUUUUCAUCCCCACCAGCAUAUCUCCAUUGAUGAGCGGAUGGUGGCGACCAAAGGUAAGAUCGCAUUGAAGCAGUACAUUAGAAACAAGCCCACUAAAUGGGGGUUUAAGCUUUUUGUUUUUGCAGACUCAGAGUGUGGCUACACGCUGAACUUUUAUGUGUACGCAGGAAAAGAGGGUGAACCCUCAGGGAAGGGAAGCAGCUAUGAUACUGUCAUGAGGCUGCUGAACAUCCCCUUUCUGGGCAAAGGCUACAAGCUCUAUGUGGACAACUUUUACACCAGUCCAAGACUCUUCAGUGACCUCCUACAGAAAAGUGUCUUUGCGUGCGGUACUCUUCGCUCCAAUGUGGCUGGUUAUCCCAAAAAGAUAAAAAAUGACAUCCCAGAUAGAGCACCAAGGGGAACCAUCCGCUGGAUCAGAAAAGGAAAGCUGCUGUUUGUGAAGUGGUCGGACACCCGAGAGGUAACAAUGUGUACCACUUUACACAAAGCAUACAGCAAUGACAUGGCAAAACGCAAUACCAAAGGCGCAGAUGGACAGUGGCAGGUGAAGCAAGUGCCCAUUCCAGGAUGCAUCAAAGAUUACAACAAGUACAUGGGCGGUGUUGACCUCUCGGACGCUCUCAUUGGCUAUUACAACGUCCUCCAGAAAACCACAAAAUGGUACAAAAAGUUUUUUUAUCAUUUUGUGGACAUCGCCACUGUCAACGCCUUCAUCAUCCACAAGGAAAUGUGCAAGCUGCAGAAACAGCCAGUGCUAAAACAGAAACAGUUCAGGGAACAGCUGAUUCUGUCUCUGGCAGACAUCGGGUCCUCUCCAAACCGCUCAGGUCCACAAAACCUUAUAUGGCCUCCCUUCCCUCUCAAAGGGCCCCUUAAGUCCCAGAAACCUCCUUCCUCUGCAUCCAGAGAACCCGGCCCCUCAACCUCUCCUUCCGAAGAGGAUCCCGCUGCUGGGGCCUCUCGCCCCCUGCAUAAAGGUCACCUGCCGGCUUACUUUGUAGAAAGCGUGAAGAACUUGUCGUCAAGAGAUCGGGCCACUGCAGGCAGAAGGGCGUGUGUGUUGUGCAAGAUGAAGUCGCCGAUCUAUUGCAGGACUUGUCUUAAAACUCUGUGUUUAACCACCACGAGGAACUGCUUCAGUGAGUGGCAUAGCAGCAACGGUAUCUGUGUCUAAGUGACUUGACUUCCCAGUGUGUAAUCUGUGACACUGCUCUUUGAUGUCGGAGGUGAGUGAACUCAUUUGUUCACUCAGUUGGUGUAUCAUCCUUCUUAAGUGAGUUCCUUUUGGUCACCUGGGGUGAACAAAUGUGCUUCCUUUUGAUUCCCUUUUCCAAACUUUAGAAAACAAAAGUUGCUAAACAAAUGAUUACACUGAGUAUUUGACAAACUUUUUUUGGAUGUGUUGGAGUGUUAAGAGCGAUUUUUCAGACCAAGUACAAGUCGGCUAUUGAAACAGUUUUGGCAGAUGGCUGUUCAACAUGAGUCUGGUUCUGCUCGAGGUUUCAGCCUCUGAAAGGACGUUUUUCCUUGCCACUGUAACGUUGGGAAUCAUUGCUCAGUGCUGUGCUCUUUACUUUACUCUUAGAUAUAUUAUUUACAAAGAGCCAACAUCAAUCCACCAUGAGCACAACACUAAGCAACAUUUAGCAAAUUUACUUUUUGACAUGUAAAAGCUUCCUUUUAAGAGGCAGAAACCUCGAGCAGGACCAGACUCAUGUUUGAACAGACAUCUGCUGCGACUGGGUUGGGCUUGAGAGGUGAUUUAGAGAGAGAUGCAGAGAGAAAGAGAUGGAUUGAGAGAGAAAAGAAAAUAGCAGCAACAACAACAUUAACAAUGUUAUUAUUGAAAUGAUUUUAAAAGAAUGUUUGAUUCUCAUCAGGUGUUCCUUACUUUGAACUGUGAAAAUGUCAGCAACAGAUCCAGUUGCAUCGUGCUGUGUUAUUUACUUUGUUACAAACAUAACACUUCUACACAUUUCACUUUUUAUGUAACCUGUUACACGUUCAGUGGAUUUCAGUACCACACAACAUGCAACAAGCACAACACUUGAAAUGAUACGUUGUCUAAUGUUGCGGUGCAUAAAAGGAGCAAUUAUUAAAGGAGCAGUGAUUGACUAAUCUUGAAAAAGUCAGCAAACACAUGCACAUCACUGAUUUAGGUGCUCAAAAAAUCACUAGAGUGACUCCUAAUCCUGACAAUUUAGUAGUGCAGAAUAUGCAGUCUUCUCGACUUUUGUCAUCCUUGUUUUUGUAAGAAAAAUAAUAUCUUCAAACUGCAGACAUGGCUCCUACUUUGCUACCUGCUCAAAAACCGAGAGGCCACCAUUAUGGUCUGUUUGAGAUUUAAAUAUUCUCAGCCUGCUAGCUUCUUCAUUACUCUGUGCACAACGAUGCAGAGAGAAACCACAAAUGAAAAGACGGUCAGGUAACAGCAGUGGUGCUCCUAUAGAGAGUAGAUGACCUUAAUAACCUGUAGGUAGUGAACUCAAAGCGUAUGUAUAUACUUCUAGAGGAAUGUUGGUUUCUUUACAGGCAGACAUAACUGUUAAUGUCCCAAAAGGCCUCAUAACUGUUCCAGUCAUUAGUCAUCUCAAAGUGUCUCUUAAACUCUUCAUAAAGAACAUCCAAGAACUUAAUGGCAUUGUAAAGUGUCUUACAGACCAGUUAGCAGCAUAUUACUGCCUUGAUUAAUCUGAGAAGGAGCCCGGCUGCAGCUCAGCUCAGGAGCUCUUAUGACUUCUAAAAACUGGACUAUCAUAACACCAAAAAAAAAAAGGCAUUCAGCAUCAUAAAACAUGUAUCUCUAGCUACCUCUACCUGGGAAACUGCAGUAAAAAGGAACACCUCAAGUCAGCUUUUCAUGAAACCUGAGAUGACCUUACGCCUACAGAUCCAGUGAUUAAAUUGACCCAUUUGCCUUUCAUGAAUUACAGCUACUCCUCGGAUCAAACUUGAAUUUCACAAAUGAUGCAAAAGACUGUUUCACACAGCUAAGUAUAUCUACAUGUGUACGGUUUUGAUAUCACUUGAAACAUAAUGUUUACAUGAAACGUCAGUGUUCCUGGUAAUUCAGCUCCUUGGUCCUGUCAGUAUGCUGGCUUUUGCACUGCGUGGUUGGUGCAUGCAUUAUGCUCGACUCGCAGCUAAUCUUUGACAUUUUUAAUUACUGUACCUCAGCAGUCGAGGAUUAACCCACUUUGGUUUCUGCUUGGAUUUUGAAAUGCUCAGCUGGAUUUGGCUUCCCUUUAAUUUGUCUUGGAGAAAAACUCCAGUGAUGUGGUUCAGGCAGAGGAUGAACCAGCACAGUCAGCUAUGACAGCAUUCCAGCACGCCUUCUGUUUUUUUGAUACAUCUACACGGUUCAUGAAUGCACUUUUUAGAUUACAGUCAACCUGUUUCGUUUUACUCUCUGCAUAGAGAUUUCAACGCACAAUUGACUGAUCAGAAAGGCUGGAUUGUCUUUUGGUAGAAGCAUGACACACGUGGUCAUGUCCAAAACCCAAACUUUCUCACAAAGAAGAGAACAACUUGGCACUACAUUUUUGACUUAGUGGACACACUACUGAAGUAUCAACACUUUGUCAUGGACCUAUUUUCUCUCUGAAGAUCUUGAGAGUUUUAUCAAACGAUUUGAAAGCAGUGACCUCAUAGUCUCAUUCUCUUGUCUUUGUAGCUUUACAAGUUUUUAUACAAAAAAAAACAAAAAACUGAUGUGACUGUCUGAGAGAGAAGUACAACAACUUGGCACUUCUGUUCAGACUUUAUGAACUCUACUGUAGCACGUCUCAACAUUGUGGUAUGGACCUUUAUACCUCUUAUUAAACUAAUUCCAUCUGCAAAUGUUCUAGGAGUUGUUUCCAAUUGUUGUAAACUAACAUGUUUCUUUUUUUGUUUCUAAUACACCUUUUUAUACGAAUGUAUCCAGAAUGUAUUUGUAUGCGGAGCAGGAAAUAGUGUAUUCUUUUCUGUGUUUUUCAAAAUAAAAUACUUGUUUUUGAAAAGCAACUGGCU